AUGGCCGGCUCUGCCAUGGCCGCUCCCACCAUCGUCGGUGGAGUUGGCAACAACGUCCCUGUUUCUAAGGGCGCUGUUGGAACUGUCAACAACGUUGCCCCAGGUGUCGCCAGCCGCGACCUCGUGAACGGAGCUACCGGCGGUGCUGUUGGUACCGUCAAUGGCGUCGCUAGUGGAGCUGCCGGAAUCCAAACCGGUGACGUUGUAAAGCGUGACGUCGUUAACAACGCUGUUGGCGGAACUGUUGGUGUUGCUGGUGUCGCUGUCAACCAAGCUGCUGGCGACGUCGUCCAGGGUGCUACUAAGCGUGAUAUCGCCGGCCAAGCUGUUGGUGGAGCUACCGGAAUUACCAACGGUGCUGUUGCCGGAACUGUCGGAGGCACUGUUGGAUCUGUUCUCAACGGAAAGCGUGAUGUUGUCAACAACGCUGCUGGCGGAGUCCUCACGGUUGCCGGCAGCGCUGUUCAAGGCGCAGCUGGCAACACCGUCGACGGAGCUACCGGCGGUGCUAUCAAGCGUGAUGUUGUUGGUCAGGCUGCUACCGAUGCCACUGGUGUUACCAGCGGUGCCGUCCAGAACACCGCCGGCCAAACCGCCGGCCAGGUUGUUGGCAGCGUUAAGCGCGAUGUUGUUCCUAACUUGGGUGGUGUUACCGGUGUCGUUGGAACUGCCCAGGGCCUCGUUGGUGGUGCUACCGGAAACGUUGCUGGUGGAAUCGUCAAGCGUGUCGAGGGUGUUAACAACAUGGUUACCGGCAACGUUGAUAGAACCGUUAGUGGAGCUGGCAGCAUCACUGGCGCCAACCUUGCUGGACAGACUUUGACUGGUGCUACCGAUAUCGUUGGCGGAACCAUGGGCCUUGCUCGAGGUGUGACCCAGCACCAGAAGCGCGUGCUUUCUGCCGUUGGAGGAGUUACUGGCACUGUCCAGCAGCUCGCUGGCGGUGUUGUUGGUGGUGCUACCGGCCCUGUUGGUGGUAUCGCUGGCCGCCGAAUCUAA